AUGACUAGAAGCAAAGCGCGAAUGAGGGUGUUGCAGUUUCUGGCUGCAAUUCUUAUACUAGCCGUGUUCUUUGGCUAUUUUGUCACCUUCAAGCGGAGUAAGAGGACGGCUACUAUUCCCGUUGAUCAACGCAUUUCUUAUGACAAGCUCUCAAUAGAGGAACUUGAUCCGAGGUGGAUGAUAUUCAGAGCAAGAAAUCCUCCAACUGCUAUUACUCAACUCGAAACACCACCAAACACAAAUAUUAAGGCGCUAAAUCCAUCCAAGCAGUAUCCUACGCCGAAAGACUGGAAACCAGCACCCUCAAAGCCAUUCGGCGUGGUAGCUGAUGUAUUCUACGAUAACGCAAAAGCAACUGCCGACUUGAGCUCUUUAUUCUAUAUGACGAUACCAAAAGUACAGACUAAAUUUAGUCGUGAUACCAACAAUGAUGAAACAAUUUAUCGACAAAACGUGGUAAAAAAUGCCUUCUUACAUGCUUGGAAUGGUUAUAAAGCCAAUGCGUACGGCUUCGAUGAGAUACACCCAAUAUCAGGCAGACCUUUCACUAGCCAUUCGAGUAAAUUCAGGAAGUCACCUUUUAACGGAUGGGGAGCUACCAUUGUGGAUAAUUUGGACACGCUACUUAUAAUGGGUCUGCUAGAUGAGUAUGAGGAGGCUAGACAGCAUGUUAAUCAGAUCGAUUUCAACUACUCGCACAACCCAAUAGGUGAACUGCAUACAUUUGAAACUAAUAUUAGGUACCUUGGUGGCUUAGUGUCCGCUUAUGAUUUAAGUGGUGAUGGAUUGAUGCUUUCACGCGCAAUAGAGCUGGCGGAUAUCCUAGUUAUUGCAUACAACACAACCUCUGCUAUGCCGUUGAGCGUACUAAAUCCCAACCAACCAUCUCGUGAAGAAGACUACACUAUCUUAGCGGAAUCUGGCAGUAUGAUACUCGAAUUUGCAAAAUUAUCAAUGAUAACAGGUAAUCACAAGUAUUUGAAUGUUGCAAAUAAAGCGCAAGAUGUACUAUUCAGUUUGAGGUCAACGAUUUCAGGAUUAUUGCCAACACACGUCAGAUUGGAUGAGGAGAUAACGCAGACACCAAGAUCUGGCGUGUUCACGUUGGGUGGUUUGAGUGACAGCUACUAUGAAUACCUCAUAAAGAUGUAUAGGUUGAUCAAUGCACAGUUGUCUCGGUACGGAAAACAAUACAUCAAAGCUUUAGACUCGAUAAAUGAUAAGUUGAUAAUCGAGAUACCGUCAAACAUAGAAAGGUUCGCAGAUUUAACAAUAUCAGGUGAGCUGACCUCGCUCUCUAUCGGAAAACACGACGAUGAUGAUGAGAUUUUGCCUAAAUGGGAGCACCUGUCAUGCUUCUCUGGCGGAAUGGUUGCAUUGGGAUCUAAAAUACUAAACAGACCGCAAGACAUGAGUCUGGCAAGCAAACUAACAAAAAGCUGCUUCGAAAUGGCCAACAGUACGAUAACAGGACUUGCACCAGAAUCAGCAAUAUUUGAUCUGAGUGAGAGAGAGGUGACGAAAGUAGUUAGAACAAUCCCACCUACGUGGCCUCGACCCUACAGAUACAUAUCUAUGUCGAGCGUACACCUUGGCAGGCCCGAGAUCAUUGAGAGCAUUUUUGUCAUGUACAGAUUGACAGGGGAGGACAUAUGGAGAGAGAGAGCCUGGAGGUUGUUUACGUCGUGGACGAGACACACAUAUUCCAAGUAUGGGUUUUCUGCCAUCGAAGAUGUGGACUCAGAUCGCGUACACAAAGUGGAUAAUAUGGAGUCAUUCGUACUAGCCGAGACACUGAAAUACUACUACCUGAUAUUCUCAGAUCCAAAGGAAAUCUCACUCGAUGAUUAUGUACUCUCAACGGAAGCACAUCCUUUCAAACUCGCGAAAUUUACACCACACUCAUCGCUCAAAUUCGCGCCGGUAGAUCCGGACAAAAGAGGUACAGGGACAGAUGUGCAGCGCUACCUAAAAUAUUUAGAAGAAAAGCGCGUCAACAAGGAUCUGUGA